AUGCCCAGAAGCGACUCCUUCAAUGCCCGUGUUCGCGGCACCAGUCACAUCGAUUUCAAGACUGCCACGACCGGCGUCGCUGCAAAGGCGAUGCGCAACGAAAUCAGCCAUCUCGUUGCCACCGUUGACGACCCAGCGACGAAAAAGGCUUUCGACACGGAGAUGCAAUCCUUUUUCUUCCUCUUUACACGAUAUCUCGCUGAGCGGGCAAAGAGCCAAGAUCUUCAAUGGGAUCGCAUCAAAUCUCCAGCCGAGGACCAAAUUGUUCCGUACAAUAACCUUCCUGCGCCCAAGGACACCAAGAACCUCAACAAGCUCGCCGUACUCAAGGUCAAUGGCGGUCUUGGUACUUCCAUGGGUAUGACUGGUGCCAAAAGUGCGCUCGAAGUCAAGAACGACAUGACUUUCCUCGACCUCACCGUUCGUCAAAUUGAGCACCUUAACACCACUAGUCGUGUCGAUGUUCCUCUCAUUCUCAUGACGUCAUUCAACACCCAUGAGGACACUCUUCGCAUCAUUAAGAAGUAUGCCAACCAGCAGCUUCGCAUUACGACCUUCAACCAGUCAAGAUAUCCCCGCAUUCUCAAGGAGACCCUUCUUCCCUGCCCUAAGCGCGCGGAUGAUGACAAGAAGAACUGGUACCCUCCUGGUCACGGUGACUUGUACAACGCUCUGCUCCACUCUGGGGUCCUCGACCAAUUACUGGCGGAGGGUAAGGAAUACCUCUUCGUGUCCAACUCGGACAACUUGGGUGCCGUCGUCGACGAACACAUCUUGCAACAUAUGAUUGAUACACAGGCCGAGUUUUUGAUGGAGGUCACGGAUAAGACCAAGGCCGAUGUCAAGGGUGGAACCCUGAUUGACUACGAAGGGUCCAUGAGACUCCUUGAAAUUGCUCAGGUUCCUUCAGAGCAUGUUGAAGACUUCAAGUCCGUCCGGAAAUUCAAGAUUUUCAACACCAACAACUUGUGGAUCAACCUCAAGGCCCUGAAGCGUGUCAUGGAGACCGAGGGAAUGGAACUUGAAAUCAUCAUCAACCCCAAGAUGACUGACGAUGGCCAAGCAGUCGUUCAACUUGAGACGGCCGCAGGUGCAGCCAUCAAGCACUUCAAGAAUGCUCACGGUAUCAAUGUUCCUCGAAAGCGCUUUUUGCCUGUGAAGAGUUGCUCCGACCUUCUCCUCAUUAAGAGUGACAUCUACUCCUUGGAGCACGGUCAGCUCGUUAUCAACGAGCAACGGAUGUUCGAGACGACUCCUGUUAUCAAACUGGGAGAUCACUUCAAGAAGAUCCAGCAAUUCCAGAAGCGAUUCAAAAAGAUUCCCAAGAUCAUCGAGUUGGAUCAUUUGACUGUCACUGGUGAUGUGUACUUCGGACGAAACGUCACUCUUCGUGGAACUGUGAUUGUUGUUGCCAACGAGGGUCAGCGGAUUGAUAUUCCUGAUGGCUGUAUCCUCGAAAAUAGGCUCCUCUCGGGUAACUUGAACAUGAUUGAGCUAUAA